GGUCAAUAUGAAACAAAUCAAUUGUGGCAUAUGAAACGAAUUAGUUGUGGCAUGUGUCAGUUUAUGUACGGUCGGUCGUGUAUUCUGGUGUUUCUAAUACGGAAAAGCGAAAUGAGCGAAGCUCUUCAACGGCCUCAAUGCUCCAUUUGCUUGGAGUGGAUUAAACUGAGUGAAACUUCUGCACUCAGCUGUGGCCAUCUGUUUCACUCGUGCUGUAUUGUUAGCUGGAUUAAGACUUGGGGUAACUGUCCUGUAUGUCGAAAAGAUAUUAUAAAUGAGGAUCAAAUUAUUCGACAGUUAUUCUUUCAAGUGGACGAUCGCGAUUUCAGUGAUCAGGAUCGUCAUAUCUAUGCUUUACGAACUAAGCUUAAGAAUGUUUUGGAAGAACUCAAAACGUAUAAUAAUAGGAAUACGACUUUGAAGGCCGUUUAUAAAAAGCAAGGUGUUCGUUAUAAUCGACUUAAACGUAAAUUACGUAAAUGGAGGAAAGCCGCUAUUUUGAUGAAACCACAAAUCGAGCGUUUGGAAAUGAAAAAUUUGCUAAGCAUGCUUGAGUUCAACGUACUAGAUCUCAUACUUGGAUAA